UUCCGGUUCCGGGUAGUCCAGGAAGGCAGGGAUCGGGGAAGAUGGCGGUGGCAACAAGAGCGUCCGGGUGGGGUCGGUGUUGGCCGGUAUGGGGCCGAGUGCUGGGCCUGACCUUGCUGCUGGGUUUAGGGGCACGGCCCGGCUCUGCCACCACCCACUGGGUGGUCACCGAGGAUGGCAAGAUACAGCAGCAGGUGGAUUCGCCAAUGAACUUAAAACAUCCUCAUGAUUUGGUGAUACUAAUGAGACAAGAAACAACGGUAAACUACCUCAGAGAGCUGGAGAAACAGUUAGUUGCUCAAAAGAUUCAUAUAGAGGAGAAUGAAGACAGAGACACAGGGCUGGAACAAAGGCAUAAUAAAGAGGAUCCAGACUGCAUUAAAGCAAAGGUGCCCUUGGGGGACUUGGAUCUGUAUGAUGGCACAUACAUCACCUUAGAGAGCAAAGAUAUCAGCCCCGAAGACUAUAUAGACACACAGUCUCCUGUACCUCCUGACCUAGAACAACCAGACUGUACAAAAAUUCUAGAUCUUCCAUACAGCAUUCAUGCUUUUCAGCACUUAAGGGGUGUUCAAGAAAGAGUUAAUCUUUCCGCACCUUUGUUACCUAAAGAAGAUCCUAUCUCCAUUUACUUAUCCAGACGUUUAGGAAGAAGUAUAGAGGACAUAGGCCAUCGCAUUUAUGAAGGUCUAAUGAAGAAUUCUUCUUCCUGGGUGCUGUAUAAUAUGGCCUCAUUUUAUUGGCGAAUAAAGAAUGAGCCAUAUCAGGUAGUGGAGUGUGCCAUGCGGGCUCUCCACUUCUCCUCAAGGCACAGUAAAGAUAUUGCCCUGGUAAACUUGGCAAAUGUUCUACACAGGGCUCAUUUCUCAGCAGAUGCAGCCAUCGUGGUCCAUGCAGCUCUGGAUUACAGUGACUUCUUUACCAGCUAUUACACUUUGGGAAAUAUAUACGCAAUGCUUGGGGAGUACAACCACUCAGUCCUGUGUUAUGAUCAUGCUUUACAGGCCAAACCAGGGUUUGAGCAAGCUGUAAAAAGGAAGCACGCUGUCCUUUGUCAGCAAAAACUUGAGCAGAAACUGGAAGCUCAGCAUAGAUCACUUCAGCGAACACUAAAUGAGUUGAAGGAAUAUCAAAAACAGCAUGACCAUUACCUGAGACAACAGGAGAUCUUAGAGAAGCACAAGCUGAUCCAAGAAGAGCAAAUCCUGAAGAACAUCAUCCAUGAGACGCAGAUGGCAAAAGAGGCACAACUAGGGAACCAUCAGAUAUGUCGGCUUGGCAACCAACAGCACAGCUUGCACUGCCAGUGGGACCAGCCUGUUCGCUAUCACCGUGGGGACAUUUUUGAAAAUGUGGAAUAUGUUCAGUUUGGAGAAGACUCAUCAAGAUCCAGUAUGACAUCCGUGAAUUUGGAUCUCCACGCAAACCACAGCGAUCUCAGCCACGCUUUGCAGUCGUCUCCUGUUGCCCAUUCUGUUGUUUCACUAUGGGGCCUAGAAUCAGAUGCCUACAGGGAUAAACAGCAUAUUCUUUGGCCUAAAAGAUCAGACUGUGUAAAAUCCUUUCCAACAAUCCCGAACCCAGAGGAACUGCCAACCUAUUUCCUGCCUCCAGAAAACAGAGGAUUCGGAGUCCAAUCGAUCCUGAGAAGCCCAGGAGAGGCCCAGGUGCAUGGAGAGGGCCAGCUGCCAGAUUGUUCUUCUAUUAUUGAUGUCCGUAACAAUGAAACUCUGUACAUGUUGGUCAAAGAACUAGAUGGUCAUCUGGAGCUGAAAUUUAAAAUGCCGGAUGAUCAUGCGAGACAAAUCUUGCAUUCGCGUAUCAACAAUCAAACUAUUACAGAGGAGCAAAUAGGAGCAUUCAUCUAUCAUGCUAUAAAGAAGCCAAGGGAUCCUUUAUGGGUUAUGCUUAAUGAGGCUGGACUCUACUGGCGUGCUGUUGGAAAUAGCACCUUUGCUGUCUCAUGCUUGCGAAAAGCAUUGAACUUAGCCCCACAUGAAUAUCAGGAUAUCCCUUUAGUCAAUCUAGCUAACCUUUUGCUUCAUUAUGGUCUUCAUCUGGAUGCCAGCAAGCUCCUGGUAAAAGCUGUGGCCAUCAAUAAUUCUGAGCCCCUGACUUUCUUGAGCCUAGGAAAUGCCUAUCUGGCUCUGAAGAAUAUCAGCAAAGCCUUGCAAGCCUUCAGGCAUGCGCUGGAUUUAACUACAAAGUGUCAGGAGUGUGAGAGCAGCCUGAAGUUGAUCCGCUGUCUGCAGUUUUGUCCUUUUGUGUACAACAUCACCUCUUCUGUAUGCAGUGGCCACUGUCAUGAGAGAAACCAUGAUGGCAGCCAUGACAAGCAGAAGUACUUCGAUGACCCCCAAGAGUCUGUAAUAACAGCUGAGGAAGAAAACUCUGAGGGAGAUAUAGAAGAAGAUCCAGAAGCCUUUGUUCAGAGUUCAACAGGAGACCCUUCCUCCCUGAGACUGGAAAACACAGUUGUUGCAGAAAGCAAUGACUCAGAAGGGAUGGAGAGUUUGGGAGAUGCUCAGAUGUCUGAAGAGAUGUUGGCCUUGGUAGACGAGUUUGAAAAUUCCUGGUCUCUUGAAGCCUUUGAGGGGGCACUGGAGGUGAAAGGUCGUCGGAUGGACUUGCAGGGAAUUCGGGUUCUAAAGACAGGUUCUCAGGAUGGACUGGCUAGCUCCUGUUUUGGAGAUUGUGGAGAUGAUGAUGAAGCUGAAUGGAUCACAUUCCAGGUCAAACGUUUAAAGAAACCAAAAGCAGAAAGCUUGGAUCUUCAGGAGCCCCCUGGGAGAAAUGGAGAGGAAGGGGUUAAUGCCGAAGAUGAAAACCUGUACCAAAUGGCUCUGGAGAUCAGUGGCCCAAAGAUACCCUCCCCUGGACCACCAGGAAAAAGGCGUGACUAUCGCAGCCUGGGCUGGCCAAGUCCUGACGAGUGUUUGAAACUCCGGAGGGUGGAGUUCACUACUGUAGCCAGCACAUGGCUAGCUGUUUCUGCUAAAAAUAUUGACAUUACAGAGCACAUCGAUUUUGCCACACAGCUGCAAGAACCAGCCAUGGAGCCCCUUUGCAGCCCCAAUCUACCUGCCAGUAUGCACACCUUGGACCAUCUGCAAGGGGUUUCCAAUAGGGCUAGCCUGCAUUACACUGGAGAGAGUCAGCUAAAAGAGGUAUUACAGAAUCUUGGCAAAGACCAAUAUUCACCACAGUCAUUAGAACAAGUCGGAACUCGAAUAGCCAAAGUUUUGGAAAAGAAUCAGACUUCUUGGGUCCUCUCCAGCAUGGCAGCUCUCUACUGGAGGGUGAAAGGUCAAGGGAAGAAGGCAAUAGACUGUCUGCGGCAGGCCUUGCACUAUGCACCGCAUCACAUGAAGGAUGUCCCACUAAUAAGCCUAGCGAACAUCUUCCACAAUGCAAAACUUUGGAAUGAUGCCAUCAUCGUGGCUACCAUGGCAGUGGAAAUAGCCCCGCACUUCGUGGUUAAUCAUUUCACACUAGCUAAUGUCUAUGUUGCAAUGGUGAGUAGCAGCUGCUAGAUUUUCUCCCAUCUCCAGAUACAGCGUAAAGCAGCUUUGAGCCCAAGAGCAAACUUAGAAUUUCAAGGCUAGAGGUUCAGGAGGCUGGAAGUGGAGAUAAGCAAGAUCAGAAAGGAGGAAUAUUCUGUCAAAUAUGCUCUUUCAAUUAUUCCAACAUCUAAACUGAUCAUUUAAUACUGGGAUGGCUACUGUAUUUAUAGUCUGGUGUCACAAUGCUAUAGCUACAAGGCCUAGUAAUGACAGUAGCCAGCUGUAGAUAAUUCUGCUUAAUUUCCCCUAUAAAUAAUGUCACUGUCUAUAGGCCCAAGGGUUACAAUACAAUACAAAAUAACUGGAUAAUGCAAGUGAGGCACAAUUUCAAUAUCUAGAUUAUCAACCCACAAAGAUCUCUAGUUGCUAGAGAGAGUUUAAACUCCCUCACAUUAUAGACAUAUUUCUUUCAACAUAUGAUUCUACACCCUGUUGAUUAAAAGGAGCAAGUGUCUCUCAUGCUCCUACAUUAUCCAUUUCUCAUUUGACCUAUGUUGUAUACUUGAUUCUAAUCAAUUAGUAGGGCUGGUGUCAAGAAAUCAGGAUGGUUAAAGGGGUACCAUCAACUUGAAAUCUAGUUAGUAUCAACGAAUGAGUCUGAAGUAUUUUCAGGUACUACACUUGCCUCUGAUUGCCCCUGCCAAUUUUUCAGGACUUAGUCACAUAUUCUUAAUGUUUUAAAAUGUUUUGACUCUCCUUUGUUGCUGUAUGAAAGGCCCACACAAAUAACAGAGGAAACUGACUGGGUGGCCAGGUACUACUGUAGUGGGGGUGGAACAUAUAAAUAAUUGGAUAUAUUGUGGCACUAACUGCACACAGUGUUGCCAAAUGUACAGUGGAAACAAACUGAGAGUUUUUUUCUACUACCCUUUUAUAUUAUAGUAAUCUGAGUGGUCACUUGAGGUAAUAGUAUGCAAAACAUGUCAGACAGAAGUGAAAUUGAGUUGCUGGUGUCCCUUUAAAGUUAAUCUUCUGAAAAUACAUACCACCAUGCCUUUUCCCAUCCUCAGCACACCCUUUCCCUGCCUCCAAAAUGCCCCCUGGAUCUAGGGGUUCUUGGUGGGGGAUGUGGGGGUUGGGCACGACAGAGCUGGCAGAAUUGGUUCAGCGCCAAGUGGAGAGGGCUCCCUGGACUUGGGAUAUUCCCUGUGAGGGGCCUUUUUUGCACCAGUUCAGGCACUACAUAGGGCCUGCAGCAUGGAGACAAAUUCCCCUUCUGGGUCAAGUUACACAUACAUCAAAAAGAGUAGCUCCAGCAGGGUGAAUGGGAUUACUUUACUGUUUCUGAGAGCAGAAUCUGUCCCAGUAAGCUAAGUAUCAAAAAUGUCAUAUUAGCUACCAAUACAGCAUUAAAAAUGUUGACAUACAGUAGAUUUAACCAGCAAAUUGUCAUAUAAUUUGGAAAUGUUAGCCAUCUGGCAAGUGGAGAAAAUUCUGGGAGAUUCUACAGAGUCUUACACAAUUCUACAGUUUUGUGCGGAAAAUAAAACUAAAGGGACAUCAGGGUAAAACCAAAUCACUAUAAAAUUUAUCCUUAUGUAUGUUACUAACGGAACUGUAAAUAAUAGGAGCUGAAAAUGGAAAAGUCUCUGGUUCUUCACAUCAGAUGCUGCUCAUUAAUUUCUCACUUUUCCCAUAAGAAACUAGUUUGGGGCUACUUAGGCGUAAUUCCACAACAAAUGCCCCUUCUUGUGUGAAUCAUAGAAAAACUUUGUUGGUUGGUCUGUGUAACUAUUAUAAAUAACACUUGGCAUCUUUUAUCCAAAAAUUUCAGAAAGCCUCACCAGCCUUGAUUUAAUUAAGCUUCCUAACCUCACGGGGAGGUGAGUAUUAUCCCCAUUGUAUAAACGGAAACACUGAGGUACAGAACAGGUGUGAGUUGUUGUUGAGUCAACAGCAGAGCAAGACCCAGGAGUCUUAACUCUGAGUCUCCUGCUCUAAGCGCUGACCCACACUGCCUUUCAAUGCACUGUGCAACUUGUGUUUAAAAGAAAAAAACUGAGAUAGAAAAAAAAAAUCUUGAAAAAUAGGCUACAGUACUAGGCAUUAUAUCUCCUUUUAUCCAAGGAUCUCAAAGUGCUUUAUAAAUACUUAUUGAUCAAGUCUGCAUGGCAAUUAAAUGCCCACGGCUGGCCCAGGUCAGCUGGCUCAGGCUGCAGGAUUUUAAAAUUGCUCUGUAGAUAUUUGAGCUCCGGGUAGAGCCCGAGCUCUGGGACUCCCACGAAGGGGGAGGGUCUCAGAGCCCAGGCUCAAGCCUGAGCCUGAAUAUCUACACAGCAAUGUUUAGCCCUGCAGUCCAAGCCCUGCAAGCCCAAGUCAGCUGACCCAGCCCAGCCAUGCCAUACCAUGGUCCUUUUAUUCUAGUGUAAAUGUACCCCCAAAAGUCAUAUCCUGGGAGGGGCUGAGCAUGCUCAACUCUCAUUGACUUAAUUGUCACUCAUCAUUCUGUGGGAUUAGGUCGUAAACCACAUAACAUCCCUGAGAGGUAGGUGAAGAAAAUAUAGAGAUCACUUCACAUUUAAUGACCCACCACAGCACUGCACAAUCAUUUAGGACAGGAAGUGAAUAGAAUAUGUUGUGGCUUUUGCUGUUUUGAAAGCUGACAUUUUCGAUCUUCUUUCCUUACAGGAGGAGUUUGAAAAGGCCAUGAGAUGGUAUGAAUCAACAUUAAAACUCCAGCCUGAGUUUGCACCAGCAAAGAGUCGAAUCCGCACCAUCCAGUGUCAUUUACUCAUGAAAAAAGAGCGACGGUCUCCAUAAAGAUUAGCAGCUUCUUCUUUUUUCUUAAGAAAACAAAAUCAUUGUUCACUAUUCUGCUUUUAAUGAGGGGUGCUAAGAUAAAUUGGGGAAUCAAGAUUUCUAACAAAACUCUUAGAAAGAAAUGGGGUUUGGAUCAAGGGAUUUUUAGUUUGUUUUUUCAGGAGAGGGAUUAUCUUUGGGAAAUAAAUACAUUUCACAAGCCAUGAUUUAAAACAUCUGUGUAAAUAUUGAGCCAAGAAACUUUCCACGUGUCCACGACCUACUCCAGGAUCAUUAGGUUUUUCUUAAUGCUCAAAUUGGCGCCAGCACCAACAAUAACUUGCUUCAUUUUGUAGCAUUUAAGUCAAUGGAAAUGCAAAGCACAUCCCUGCACCAAAUAGCAAAAAGUUAUAAUCAGCUCUUCACCCAUCAGAAAUUCAUGCUUUACCCAGUCUUGUCCAGUCCAUAUUGCCGUGUUACCAGCUCCAAGUUAGUUUGUGAAGGAGGAGGGAACAUGAUUUAAUACAAAAUCUUAGUUAAAAAAACAAAGUGUUUUAGGAACAUCAAGCCUUUUUUAUACUGUUAUUACUGUUGCGGGAUGGGAAUGAGUAGGAGGAUGGGAACAGCAGGAGACCACAGUCUAAAUGGUUUAUAUUUUGGUUACAAGACAAAAAGAAGCCAAUCAGUUAAAAUCCAAAUACGGGGUUUUAUAUCUGUCUGUAUAUUCGAAGCCCUCUGCAGCCCUGAGUCUUUGUUUUACUAAUUCUUUGUUCGCUGUAUUUUUACCCAUCUCGGAAUAAGCUGCAAGUGUUACAGUCUAUCUCUCUGAGCCUUACAGACUUUCAACUGCUGAGAAGAAGAGAGAGAACAGAAAUUGUGAGCAAACAAGUCAGGUGAAGUGUUUCCAUGUCAAUCUUCUUUGGUCGGAGGAGGACCUGAAGCUCCAGACAUCAUUGUUGAAUCAACAAGGGCACAUACUUGGAACAAAAUAAAAUUAUGUUUAUGAACAAAA